UCAAUUACUAAAAUCUUACCAAAGACAAAAAUCGCAAAACAAACGUGCUGUGGGAAAGCCUUAAAAAUACGGAAAGCGUAUUUUAUAAAGCGAAAAAAAUAUUUAUAAAUGAAAAAUGGCGGUGCGGCCGCAACACAUGCACGAUGGGGGUAUAGUAGAGCGACGGUUGCGUCCUAUAUACGACUGGUUGGACAAUGGGAAUAAUAAAAAGGCGUUGCAGGAGGCUGAGAAAGUUUUAAAAAAGAGUCCUUCAUUGCAGGCGGCGCGAGCUUUGAAGGCACUCGCACUUUUUAGGUUAGGUAAGGCGCCGGAGGCUUAUACUAUACUGGAGGCGCUAGCUGACGAGAAGCCGAGUGACGAUACAACGUUACAGGCUAUGACCAUAUCGUACAGAGAGUCUCAACAGCUGCAUAAAGUGUGUGCUCUAUAUGAGGCUGCGGUUAAAGUGGAGCCAACAAGUGAAGAGCUUUACUCCCAUCUCUUCAUGUCUUAUGUGAGGGUCGGUGACCAUCGGUGUCAGCAGAGAACAGCCAUGGCGCUGUACAAGUUUGCACCCAAGAACCCAUAUUAUUUCUGGGCAGUCAUGAGUAUUGUUUUGCAAGCCAAAAAUACUGAAGACCCUACUAAAAAAGGAAUCCUCUUAACCCUGGCCCAAAGGAUGGUAGACAACUUUAUAACUGAACACAAAAUGGAGGCUGAACAAGAGGCUAGGCUUUAUAUUAUGAUAUUGGAACUGCAAGAGAAAUGGGAAGACAUCCUAAAGUUUAUUAAAGGCCGCCUCUACUCUCAACUCGUACCUGGCUCCAGUUCUCAAGCUUGCAUACCAUAUUUAAAAAAACUAGGUUACUGGAGUAGAUUAAACACCCUAUGUAAAGGAUUGCUCUAUGAUAAUCAAGAUAGAUGGGAUUUCUACAUGCCAUAUUUUGAUUCAGUCUUCCAGUUGAUGAAACAAAAUGUCACAGAAGAAUACUGUAUCGAUGAUACAGCAGAGAAAUGUCAUGAGUUUAUAUGCCAAUUGGUCGAAAGUAUGUCGGCUGGUAGGACGUUACGUGGGCCAUAUUUAGCUAGGCUGGAGUUGUGGAAACGGUUAUCGGUUGAGGGAGACCCUACUUCCUUGAUGGGCAGCGGGUUGGCACUCUGCGUUCAGUAUUUAAGAGUGUUUGCAAACAAGCCAUGUGCGGUUCCUGAUCUAAGACCAUAUUUGGCGAUGAUACCGCAGAAAGAGAGGGAAGAUAAAAGUAAAGAUUUUCUGACUUGCUUAGGUUUCGAUGAAAAUAGUAAACCGGACAAUAUAGAAGAUGUCCAACGUCACAUUUCGUGUAUAUCCGCGUGGCGGCUCGUAGCGUCGCCCCUACCUGCAGCGGAGGCCUUGGAACUGGCCAAUAUUCUCAGACGGCACUAUAUACGGUGUCUAGAGAAGGGCCUGGUUACAGCCACAACCACUGAGUUCUGUGCUGCGGAUGGAUAUGGAAUAUUGGCGGCACAUCAUUAUUUCUAUGCUGCUGUGCAACAACAAAGUUCUGCGCCGAUUAUAGAUGCUUUGUGCCUUUUGGAGUUAGUGCUGCAUCAUUCGCCGGCUAACUUCCACGUUAAGUUAUUACUCAUCAAACUGUAUCACGUAUUAGGUAGCGCGGGCGGCGCAGAAAGUGCGUACGCGCGGCUGGAGGUGAAGCACAUCCAGCUGGUUUCGCUGGGCUGGACUCAUUGCGCACGCGCGGCCGCCGCCGGCGCAGCAUCACGUGCGCUGCAACUCCUCGCAGACACGAGGGCCUUCCAUAACCACCACGCCAAGGAUAGCGUGGAGCACCUGACGUACGCGUACAAGUACGGCACGUUCGAGAAGGUGGUGGAGCUGGGCGCGUGGGGCGCGCGGCUGGAGGCGUGCGCGUGGGGCGCGCUGUGUGCGCGCGAGCGGGCGCUGCUGUCGCUCACGGCCGGCCCGCCCGCGCCGCUGCACGCGCCGCCGCGCCUGCCCGACAACCCCACUGACAAUCGGGACCUGAACGUAAUGUUGAGUUGGGAGCCUCCUCAGUGUCAGGACCCCGACUUCAAAGCGCGCACCUUCGAUCAGGAAGUGGCGUAUCUUCGAUUGAAGGACGCAUUGCUAUCGGCCAUUGCACUAUGUAUCGAACUAGCAGAUAACCGGCCUAUUGACGAGAAGCGACCGCAGUACGAAGAGCUCGAAACGUGUGUCGACGCCUUUAGUACAGCAAUAGAGAAAUGUAGGGAAAAGUACUGCGAACGGGAAAAGAUUUAUAUAUCCGCGCCGUUCCCUUCUAGAAUUAUUGCAUUCGUGAACUCGCCUGUGCCCUACCGGGAACUGUACUCGACGACGCUGCGCAUGGUGGGCGAGCUGGCGAUGGGGCGGGCGGCGGCCGCGCACGCGCUGUGCGAGCAGCAGCGCGGGCUCAUGGCGCGCGCGCAGGACGCCUUCACGGACGAGCUGCGCGCCUGCAGCGGGGACGCGGGCUGGACCAUGCGGGACAAACUCGAGGCACUCUCCAAUUACUUUGAGUUCACGGGCAUAAUAACAUUCAUUCUUGGUGUGUGCAAUGAACUAAUAACACCACCUAACACAAAGAAAUCCAAAAAGAAAAUAAGUCAAUCUCCAGAUGAGAUCAAAACUCUGGAACUGCUCAACAAACUCAACGAAACUGUACAAAGUACGAUCACCUUCAUCGAAAACCUACUCGACGAUUGGCCGAAUUACGAAUAUUCCUCGACUAUAGAGGAUGUAUUCGCAAAAUUAAACUUAGAAGACAAAUACUACAAUCCUGUCGAGAACAGACUGAAAGGCGGAAGGGAAGACGUGCUAAACGACCUUAGGAAUAUAUUAAAAAAGAAAUCCAAGUAUUUGAAAAGCUUAGUACAGUGAUAUAUAUGGCAGACUGCGGCAUUGUAAAUUGUUUUAAUAAAUACAUAUCUUGUAAAUAAUUGUUUUGUGCUGAAUUGGCGAUUUGCUAUUUAUUAAUAGCUUCGAUAGGUUGUAGACGUGUAAGCGCAGUUAUCGAUAUCGAUAUUUUGAAUUAGAAGUUCUAUUUUAUCGAAAAUGUUUACUUCACUUUAGCGUCUACAAAGAUACUAAAAGACCAAAAACUAUCUAGACAGGACAAUAUUAGACCUUAUAUUUAGUCCUAGUAAAGGCUAUUAAAUUAGGCGCUACUCUUCAUGUCAAUUACCUACGGUAUAUUAACGAUAUUUCGCUUACACGUCUUUACUAAUUGAAAAGUUUGUUUCAACAUUAAUCUGGGUACGACAAAGACCGCGAAUAGUGCGGUAACUCUUAUAAAAUACGGGACAAUACAUUAUCAACGCAUUUUAAAUAAUAUAUACGCCGACUGCUGUCUUUCGUGCAUGCUUUAAUUUCGAAGUUUUAGCUCCCUGAUAAAACUGAAGAAUAAUUGUUAACUAUAAAGAGACCCUUUCACUUGUAUUUUUAUAUUUAAGCGGGAUUCCUUUUUAUCAACUACGUCAUAAACAAAGCUAAGAUAUAAAAUGAAGUGCGAUAGAUUUUAUAUUCAAGCCACUGCGCUCAUUUUUAAUUUUAGUUCUUUUUAUAACAUUCUCACUAAGAUUUUAUUUACUAAAAUUAGUGUCGAUAUUAAACAUCACAACCUUAAACAACUUCAACCCCAGGUUAAUGUUGAAUCAACAUUUUAAAUAAAUCGCUGACGCAAGCGAUCGCCUUGAACAAUGACCUCCAUAGAAAUUGCUAGUUUUCUUUUAUAAGUGACGUUCAAGUUAUCGAUAACACGAUGUUCAUAUAAUGCAUUUUUAUUGUUUGUAGCUGUUAAGAGGAAUUAAUAUCCGAAAAAAAUAAAGCCUCGUUUCAGAGAUUGUCCCGAUAUGAGGCCCUUAAAUAAAAUAUAGAUCUUAAGUUCUUAUGAAAUGGCGCAGUUUAUUUUAUUUAUCACGUACACAUGUACAUAAAAUCAUUCUAUUACUAUCACAAAAAUGCUCAUGCGCCGUUACAGUUGCAAUAUGUAAUUAUAUUUUACUACAUAAA